CACCACAAUGAAUGGAAUCAAUGAGAGCCUCUUCCUCUUGAAAGUGUUGUAGUACAAGUACCCAACAAAGCUUGCAAUUCCAGCUUCGUUGCUCCUAAACCACACAAUUCAAGCAUUCUCUUUGAUCCGUUGGGAUAUAUCUUAAUUUUCAUCUUGUUAUGGAGAUUGCUGGUGAUAGUAAUGUUGAUGGAAGGAGUUACAACAUGGAGGUCCAGAACAACGUGGGUGAUGAUGGGUCGGUGAUGCAUUUAUCUGCUAACCGGCCACUGCCAACAUCUGGAGUGAAUGCAGGGAUUCCUUGUACAACUCGGUUUAGCAUCUUCUAUAAUGGAAGAAUUUCUGUCUAUAAUGGAAUUCCUGAAGAAAAGGUGCAUGAAAUAAUGUUGAUUGCUGCUGAAGCUGCCAAGUCUGCUAAAGUCAAGAGUGGGAACCCCUUCACUUCACUCAUUCCCACUAGCCCUUCUUCUCCACAAGGAAUCUCUAGUAAUUUGCCUUCACCACAGUCAGUCUCCUUUCCUGCGGAGAAGAGUUCCAUUUGCAGGCUGCAAGAAUUUCCACUAGCUCGCAGACAGUCACUUCAAAGGUUUCUUGAGAAGCGACGAAACAGAUUGGGUAGCAAAGCCCCUUAUGCCUCACCAACAACAAAAGCUGCUGAAAACAUGGAGAACAACUUCUAUGCUGACACUACUACACCAGAUUUCAGCAAAGUUUUGCUGGCUCUUAUGGGCAACUAGUGUUGGUUCUACUUUGUGUGAUGUGGUACUGUCUGGAAUAACAUGUGAAAGCAUAGAAACUAGUAUAGCUGUGUUAUAUUAUCGAGACCAUAUUAUAUGCCUAAUUAUUAAAUUUGAUGUGUAUGUGAGUGAAGUAUGACUUGAAAGUAGGUUUAAUCUGUUAAUGUCUAGAAAAUAUCCAUUAUGCUCAGAAUACCUGGCUUUUAAACUGUUACUCUAGUACCUUUAAUGUGUCUGGACAAUUGAUUAUCGAUGGGGUUGUAAGUUAUGUUUACAUGAUGCAUCUAGCAGUUACCUUUGUAUUUUGGAUGUUCUACGACCUA